AUGACAACUGUAGCAAAUACAACAUCAUUUGAACAUCAAUUGAAAAGUGGUCAAUUAGUUGUAUCAGAUGUCGUUGAACUGAUCAAUAGUAAUAAUAACCAAGCUGGUGGUAAAGAUAUACACCUAUCAGAGACAUUCUCAUUGUUUACUGACGCUGUCAAUGGUAUUGAUAAUAAAACUAUUGAAUCAAUUAAAUCAAAGCUAUCAAACAAUAAACCUGUAACAUAUUAUAUUAGAGGAAGUGAUAUUGAAAGUAAUGGACAACGUCAGAGUAAAGUGAUGCAAUCACUUUUCAAACCUGAUUUGGAAAGUAAUUGUAUCACAGUUCCAAGUCAAUACACAAUCGAAACCAUUCAAAAAGUAGCAACUUACUUGAAACGAUUGGUUACUCCUAAAGGUGAAUCGUUUAAAUCCGCAUUUAAUUGUAGACAUGAAUUUAGUAAGGAUUUGAAGGCCUUAACUUCCAAGACCUUAACAAGUGUAGAUUGUAGAGUAUUGUAUUGGGAUACAUCAAACAUUAUCAAUUUUAAUGUUGAAAACAAUGAAUUGGUUCAUGAAAUGCUUAGUAAAGAUGAAAUUAAAGAGUACUGUGAUUUAAUUGACGCUUUGAGCCAGUUCAAGUCUGUUGGAUUUGCCAAUGAAGACCAAAGAGAGCUACCCUAUGAUCGCCAACUAUUUGAAAAUUUAGGGAUUGAUCCAAAAGACAAGAGAAUCAUCGAGUACCUCACGACCAAACAAAUCCUUAAUGAUUAUUGCCCAGAUAUUGACAAUGCCGAUUUAAAAAUAGACAAUCUAUUCAAAAUGAUUAAUCAUUCUCUUUUUUUAGAUAUUCAAUCCAAAUUGAACCAAAGGAUGAAUGAUUUGAUUGGUACUAGUAGUACUAGUACUUCCUCUUCUUCUUCUUCUUCUUCUUCUUCCUCGUCUACAAUUUUUUUAAAUAUUUUAGAGUAUCCAGAAUAUCAUACUGAAUGUAGAGAUAUAUCAUCAGCAAUGAUUAAUAGAUUGGUUGACUUUAUUCAAGACAAGUUGUAUCUUUCAUUGCUUGGUGAAUUCACUGCUAUUCCUCAUUGCUCGCCAAAUGACUUCCCAGAUGACUUCCCAAGUGCCGCAUCGUCCAAUGCCGUCCUCCAAAGUUUACUCAAGGAUGCAAAGCUAGACUGGCCAAACAAAUUAAAUUUACUUGAUGUUAAUGACCAAACCCGAAAGUGCCUAGUCAAACACACACCCACAUCCGAUGGCAAUACAAGUAGCUUUGAAAUUAUUCAUGAUGGUCAUAUCAAAUGUACUUACUAUAGUUUGAAACCAAAGCAAUGGUCUAUUCCUUCGUUCCAUUCUGAUUGUUCAGACAACAAAAAAAAGUACUUUAAUCCAGAAGCUCAACUUUUAUUAACAGAUUUUAAUACAAUUUCAAGGGAAUUAUGUUUAGAAUCUACUUUUAAAAUAUUUGCAUUUAAUAUGACUCCUGCUAUUAACCCUACAGAAACAGAGAAAAAGAUUGAGAAAUAUGGUCUAGUGCCAUUAAUUAAUUUCCCAGCCAUUCGAUUCCAAACUAGGGAUACCUAUCAAAAUUUUUGUCAUACUUACUACAAACUUUUGGCAAAGUCCGAUAAUAAUCUCAGUCCCCAGGAGAAGUGUCAUCAGCUGCUACAGAAAACGUUUACAACACCUGAUCUCUUCUACUCUUGUGGUCGUUCAAUUGUAUUCCUAAGUAGUGCUGCUGUUGCUAAAUUAAAAAAAGAUGUCGAGAAUAGCUCAAAACAAGAUAACAAAGGUAAUCCCAUUUAUACUCCAAAGCAAUCAAAAGGUUUGGGGUCUGUCAAUACUUAUGAACACAGAUCACCUUCUGAUUUAUCAAAAUCUAAUCAUACCGGUUUUGGUGGUGGUGAUAAAUCCCCAUUUACUCAAUACUCUUCUUCGUUGUCUCGUACAAAAGAAUCAAUUGAUCAUAGUUUACAAGGAGGUGCUAUUAAAAUGAUGGAUUUACAAUCAGCCACCACCACCACCACCACCACCGCUGUUUAUCAGCUUGAUAUUUCCAGAGAAGAAAUCGACGCACAUGAAUACCAACCAAAAUUACCAACUAAACAACAAAUUGAUCAAUCAAGUAAAAUAUUUGUUGGAGGGUCAUUGGAUGAAAUCAAAUUGGAAGAAGAGCAGCCUAUUCAAUAUCGCCAAUCAAAUGUGACCAAAGAUGAUUGCAAAAUAUCUGAAGAUAGGGAAAUAGGAACUAAAUCAACCUUUGGUAAUAUUAUUUAUGCUGGUACAUUCCAUAACCUUCGUACCUUGAUUCUUUUUACCGAUCAAUUUAAUUUAGAAAAUCCUGAAUCAUUUAUUGCUGGAUUAAAUCAAAGAGCUAUUGAAGAAUACUUGUACAUGUUGGACAUUUAUUAUAAAUUCCAUCUCAAUCAUUCAAACUAUUUAAAAAAGGAUAUCAAAUCUUUUAUUGUAGGUUUGACUCGUUUCCUUUUGUUUACCAUUAAGUCAAAGCAACAAUUGGGAAAAGAACAAAUACUUCACAAACUGUUGGUUAGAACUAGAAUCAGUGAAUAUGUAUUCAAGAGUCUUCAAGCAUUAAUGGUUAAUCAAAAAUAUGAUACUCCUACACUUCAUAUUUUAACCAAUUAUCUUUUAUAUUUCUCUCAAAUUGAACAAUCUUGGGAUUGGUAUUCAGAAGGAUCCGGACUAAGAGUAUUGUUCAACUUUUUAAAAGAUUUGAAUCAACAGAAAUCACUUUCAAACAAUCAUAGAAUAGCUUCAUACCAAGUCUAUCUAUGUUUUGUUCAUAUGACUAAAAGUGAAAAGUUGGUUCAAUGUAUUGCAUCUGACAAGAUCCAAUUACAUAGCAAUCGAAGCAUGUCCAAUUUGAUUGUUGCAUUGUCAGAUCUGGUUGUAAAGUACAAGGCAGAUACAAGAAUCCAAAUUGCCAGUAUGCAAAUCACCAACAAUCUCUUUAAAGUAGAGUCUCUUCACCAACUGCUACUCAGCUCGUCACUGCUGAGCACCUUUAUCAGACACUUGUCAAUGGGUAGCCUUGAACUCAUCCAAGAGUUUACCAUGUUGGUUGACGAUAUUUAUCCAACCGUCCUCAAACCAAAAGACAAGCAACUUGGUGGAGUCGCUCACACUCUUACCAAAUACUUGUUGACUCUUUCCGGUGACUCUGAUGAAUUUAAAUCAAUUUCUGCAUCACUUGAUAAAUUGAUUAAACUAUCAACUACAGUCGAUCAAGAUUGGAAAUCAAUUACGUCUAGUGGUAUACUUAAUUACUUUAAAUCAAUGAUUGUCAACAAAAACUCUUCUGGUGACCAAACAACCAAUAUUAGUGAUCAAAUCAAUCAAACUACUACUGGUUCAAACUAUGCAACAUUUGUUGCAUGGAGACAAAACCUAUCUAAAAAGCAACUAACUCAAAUGAAACAAUCAUGUGAUCAAGGUUUAAAAUUAAGAAAUAUCGAUUGGACUGAAUUAUUGAUUCAAAAAAAAGACAAAAUUUGCGACCAGACCAAACAACAAACAACAACUUUUAGAAAUAUUCAUAGUUUUACUUUUAAACAACAACAUCAACAACAACAACAACUAGUUAAUCGUAUCAUCGUCUUUGUCGUAGCAGAAUAG